AAUACAAGUUACAUCAAGUUUGAACAACGUCUGGAGAGAUAUUUAAAUCUACGAUAAUCACGGCUGCUUGAUUCUCAGUUUCGAUGACCUGCUGCAUCAUGCGAUAUACAAGAAUUGGAUAACCUUGAUAAUGCCACUUUUACAUAUUGGGUCCCACAAUGUCCAGAAUACCAGUAGUAGCCUUUGACAGUCACAGUGAACAUGUUCCUCGACAAGUACACAAAAACAACUAUGCAAAGAUCGAGAAAAAUGGAAUUGAUAAAAUUGAUGAUAAAGACCCCAAUCAUGGAGGAUAUGAAGCAUUUCUAAUGACAGGUGACGUCAUGAUUCGAACAGCUCAAAAAGUGAAACCAGAUUCUCCGAAGCACCCCUCCCCAAAGAGUGGGCUGCCUGUAUUUGCUGGAAGCACUGCUAAGACAUCCCCGAGUGAGAAACCUCAGUCAAAAAUUCCACAAUUUGGGGCAAAACCAUCCAGAAUUCCCGAAGCUAAGACUUCACCAUCUAAAAUACCAUAUAAGGAUGGUGAGAAAUCGCCAACUAAAAUCCCACAUUCAGGAAUAAAGUCACCUUCUAAAGUUCCUAAAAGUGAUGGAUUAAAAUCGCCAUCUAAACUUCCCCAUGCUGAGGGAAACAAAGAAAAUGUGAAUAGACAGAGUGGGAUUACUCCACCAUCAAAAAUAGCCCAGCCCAAUACGAGAAUUCCACAAUCCAGAAGUAAAUUAUCCCCAACCAAACAGACAGUUUCUAACCCUGAACAGAGAAUUCCCAGUGGAAUUCCCAAUCCUCAGGUCCAUAGCAAUGACCAACAGAAAGUUUCGCCAACUAAAGGCAAAUCGCGAUUACCUAUGCCAAAAGGGAUGAAACCUAUCAUAAAACCAGAAGUGCCAUCCUAUCAGGAAAAUAAUAAUGUAAAUGGCAAUGCAGACUCUAAUGGUACAUGUGAGGACACUCAAGAUGGAGUAUUUGAGAAUGAUUAUACACACACUGAGGAAAUUGAGAGCCCUACUGAGCAAAUGAAUGAACGUACAACAAGUAGCAUGGUGAACAGCUAUAGUGCAGAGAAGGUCAGUUACUCCCAAAUGCAUGGGGCAGGUGGCUUGGUACGUAAUAGUAAAAGCCAUGAGAAUUAUCUUGAGAGUGGUGGCCAACAGGUUAUGACAGUUGACAUUGACAUUGAUGAUGUUGGAGCAACAUCAUAUGAUGCACUACCCGCAUCAUGCGAACAAUCUUCACUCUCGUUAGAUCGUUUACAAACUAGGCUCGCCCCAGUGGAAUCACCGCCACAAAGUGGCACUAAAAGUUUAGACAAUUCCCCAGAGCGUCGCCCCGGGUUUGUAAACAUUGAGAACGAUGGGGAGAGGGGAAAGCUAUCGGACCAAGACAGUAUUGAAGAGAUUGAGGAACCAUUCCCCCCUCCCCCUGCUCCUCAUGAACUAACAGACAUGGAUGAGCCCAUGCAAACAGACAGUACACAGUUAUCACCAGGAGAAGAUAAAAUUGCUUCACAUCUAGUUCAAAAUAUUUUACGAUCUCCCCUGGGGAAUACAUUAGAAGAAACAAAUGUUGAUAGUAAAGAACAUGUGACAAAGACUGAGUAUGAUGCUCCUAGGGUGACUGUGUUCCCGUCCCACCCUGAGGAUGCAUCCCCCGUAAGACAAGUAACCACGGCAACAGCUAUUGAGGAAACAGCUGUUCGCCGAGAUUCGGUCCCCUCAGACCAAGGCUCCAUGUCCCCCACUGGAUAUGGUUCCAUGUCCCCAACUAGCCCCUCCAGUCCGGGAGAAUCAGAUCAUGAAUUCUCAGAUAGUGAGAGCAUAUACCAUCAACCAAUCAAAACUGUGGAUGUGGCAUCGGCACAGAGACUUGCAAAAAGGCUUUACCAGCUGGAUGGAUUUAAAAAAUCAGAUGUUGCAAGACAUCUUUCUAAGAAGAAUGACUUUAGCUACCAAGUAGCAGAUGAAUAUCUUCUGCAUUUUGACUUCACUAAGAAGAGCAUAGAUGGCGCCCUAAGGGAUUUCCUUAAUCAGUUUUCACUGACGGGUGAGACUCAGGAACGAGAGAGGGUGCUGGCUCACUUCUCCCAUAGAUAUAUGAUCUGUAACCCUGGGUCUUUCAACUCUGAAGAUGCCUGCCAUACACUGACCUGUGCAAUCAUGCUCCUCAAUACAGACCUUCAUGGACAGAACAUUGGGAAGAAGAUGACUUGUGCUGAGUUCAUAGAGAACUUAUCAGAGCUGAACGAUGGAGAAAACUUUCCAAAAGAUGUGCUCAAGUCUGUCUACUCUUCUAUCAAGAAUGAAUCACUAGAAUGGGCGCCAGAUGAAGAAGUAGCAGAAAUGCUUUACCCCGACCCCUCCAUCCCCCUGGGUGCAUCAGGCGCACAACCAGAACAUGAUGCCUUUGUGGGGAACAAUCCAUUCCUUGAGACUCCCAAUCCAGAGAGUGCCACGGACUAUAAGAAGGGCUAUGUGAUGAGGAAAUGUUGCACAGACCCUGAUGGCAGGAAAACUCCAUUUGGUAAAAGAGGCUGGAAGAUGUUCUAUGCCACCCUGAAGGACAUGGUCCUUUACCUUCACAAAGACGAGCAUGGAUUUAAAAAGAACUCAAUGUAUGAGAAUAUGAACAAUGCAAUACGUAUACACCAUGCUCUUGCUACCAAGGCAACAGACUACAGCAAGAAGCAAUAUGUGUUCCGUCUACAGACAGCUGAUUGGGCAGAGUAUCUCUUCCAGACCAGCUUGCCCGACUCCAGUUCUGAUAGCGACAGCAAAGAGCUUCAGGAGUGGAUAGAUACCAUAAACCUUGUAGCUGCCAGUCUUUCUUCGCCACCUCUGGCAGCUGGCUGUGGCUCACAGAAGAAAUUCCAGCGCCCUCUUUUGCCAGCUUCAUACACAAGAUGCAACUUGCGAGAACAGCUGACUAAUCAUGAACAUAAGGUGCUAGACCUCGAGCGUGAGCUCAGUGAACACAAGGCUAAUCCCCCAGAAAAAGGUGCUAAGUCACGUUACGUUUCAGAGUACUUAGAGAAGGAGCAAUACCUGGAAUUUGAGUUGAGACGCUUCAAAACCUAUGCUUAUUUAUUGUCAUCCAAGAUGGCUGCAUUCCCCGAACUUGAACCCUCUCUAGUUGAGACUACAAUAGGGGAGGUAGAGGAGCCCCCUUCACCUCCAGUACAGGAGGCCCAAUCAGCUCUUAAUGCUGUCAAGGAACUCAUAGGACAAACCCCAGGGAUAACCAAGACUCCUGGGAUUGCUGCACCUCCUGUGGUCAAUCCAGUACAGCGCAGUUUAUCUGAUCGCUAUAGUUACAGAGCGGCCAUUUAUAAAACAGAUGCAGACAUUGAGAUGCUCCCUCCCUGGAAACGUCGCAAGGACAAAACAAUCAAGAAAGAGAAACAAGUAAAUAGAGACAGUGCUGAAUGGUGGCUAUAGCAUCUCCCUGACGUACACAUCAUACUUGUAUCACCAUGGUUACCAGUCAUUACCAUGGUUACCAGUCAUUUCUUUUGUAAUUUUUUGUCAUCAUAAAACCAUGCAUCUUCAUUUUUUUUGUAAUGCCAUUGUGUUAAUGGAUAUCACAUUAAAUUGUAAUUUAUUGUACUUUUAAAACUAAUUGAACUUUAUGGUUAUUAUGAAAUUACCAUAGUUACUCAAUCUAGUGCAUCAUGUCUUGCCAUGUAGCCAAAUCAACAUGUUUUUAUGUUCAACUGAAACAUUGCAAAAAUUCUCCAUUAUCAUAUUACACUGUAUCACAUCCAACAUUCAAUCAGUUCGUUCAAUCAGUAUGGAAACAUACAUUGUGAAAAUUGACUGAGAAUGUGGUGUUUAUAAACAGAAAAUUUGUUAAGUGGAAUACCUGUGUAUGUGGAACACCUCUGUAAGUGGA